CUCGUUGUCAGAGUAUCUACUAUUUUUUCAACUUGUGUCGUUAACUUUACGCCCUGAUCCCUCCUGCUUUCCUCUUUACCAUGGGUUUCUUUAGCAAAAAAGGAGGCGAGGGAGUAUCCAGAUCUGAGAAGAUCACGGGGAAUGCAGUUGUUCAUCAGACUCAAUCCACGGUCUCGACAGGAUCAACAUCAGGAGAACAAUAUCGGCCUGUCUUCCUCCUAUGCUACCCAAGCGCAACAUUUAAGUCACACUGGGCCCUCUUUGUCCCUUUAGCUGAGGACAAGAACUGCAGGGCGGGACGUAAGAUCCAUGUUACUGGCAACGUCCAAGAGGGCUUCAACCAUGAGAUCAUACGGAACUACGACCUGUCCGAGACGCAUACUAGGCCACAGACCCCCAAGGAGAUUGGCAUCGUGUCCACGAGGUAUCUGGUUGAAGUUGCCAAAGAUCUUGUCUAUGCUAAAGAUACCACGGCUCGAGACCCGUUCGAGGAGUUUAUCCUAUCGCUACUGAGGCAUACCUCGACUCCCGCCGCCUUGAGCUUGAUUGCUAAUGAUUUAAAAGAGAGGCGAUCUGGCCCGCCACGCAGGGUCACUCUAUCGGACUGUCAGUGGUGGAUUAUGCGCAUCGUAGAGAAGUUAGUAGAGCAGAAUUAUAUGUUGCCCCCAACCCGUGGUCCCAAUAAGGGUAUGAGCCCACUGGAAAUAUUGAAAAACGCUCCAAAACAUUGAUUGUAGAUUACAGGCUGGUACUGUAAUCACUCUCGCAGUGUUGUAUCUUCUGGCGUUGUGUAUUUAUGUUCUGUGU